GCCACUCUUCAGGUCUUCGUAGUCUUCUUUCGAAUCAUGGCGCAAUUCCACUUCAUUUUAUUCUUCAACCUGUAUCUUUCUCUCUCAUUACUUUCCUGAAAAUUUCUUUCCUUCCCACAAUCUUCGCCAACAAGUUAGCCUUAAGAUUCCAAAAGAAAUCAUCCUUGAUUAGCUGUUACCAUUUGGCAAUAUUUUUCUCCACAAGUACCUAUAGUGGACGGUCCACUGGGGUACUGCCUCCAAUGAAAUAUCUUAGAUUCUGUGCAGACUGAGAUACUGUGUGUGUCUCCAGAUGGCAAGAAUCUGUACUCUUUUUUGUCAUUGUUUUUUUGGCGGGCUCUCAAUAUUUGCCGAGAAAUGAUUGAACAUUUUUUUUCUUGGUUGUGAGGAUGGCUAGACAGGUUUUCUUUACCCUCAAAAGCCGCUUUAGCUUUGUAGAUGAGAGGUUUUUGAACGAGCUUUUGCACAGAACGAUGUUUAGGUAUGGCCAUUUUCUGUGGGUUUGGCUAUGCAACUUCAUGCUCAAUAUCUUCUGGUUGAUGGUUAAAUACAUGCACAGGGUUAACGCUGAUGAGGCGCAAGAGAAUGUUUCAAAAUUUAAUGUCAAUCAUUCUCAAGAAGAUGGUGAAGUGAUUUCAAAGACUUCCAUGGGUUUUGACUCCGAUUUUACUACUCAAAAUGAGAGUUCAAACCUCACCUUCAGCUUAAGAAGUCAGAAAUCUGCAGAUUCCAAAGAACAGACUGCAGAAACAGAGGACUCUGCUUUUCUGCAGAGUGGCUUUAGAUCAAGCACUCGAAAGUAUCAGUUCAUGGCGGCCGGGAAUCUGAGAGAAUUCAUGGAAGAGCCGGAAAUAAGGAGCUUUACCAUUCAAGAAAUGUUUGUGGGUUCAGAUGACGGUUUGAUUCAGAAUAGUGAUGGUAGAGUUAUUCAAGAUGAAGAUGAGAUGAAAAGCAGCUCUGAAGUUCAAGAUUUGGAUAGGUGUUCUAAUGCUUCUUCAAAUGGUGAUGGUCUUCUGAUUGACUUGAGAUACGACAAAAGAGAUGAUAUUGAAGAAUCUACUACGAAAGAAGAGACUCCUGAGGAAGAAAUAGCAGAUCAUUUACUCGAAACUCCGUUCAGUGAAGAGAUUCUGGAGAGUAAACAACGUGAAAGUUCAGCUCAAAACAAAGUCUCCACCUACGAAGAGUUGGACGAUGAGAUUUCCUAUGAAGUCCAUUUGCUUCAAAGGGAUGAUUCGUCAGAUUGUUUUUCAGAGCCAGAGUUAGAGAACUCUUUUGAUGAAUCACUUGCUGGUAAUCAUGAAGUUCAGUCAAGACUAACAGAACUACCUUCUUCUGAUGCAAAGGAUUCUGAAAUCUUUGCAUCUACCAGUCCCAUGAUUAGUAAUACUGACAGAAAUCCAGAAAUAAGUGAAAGAUGCUCAAGUGGGAAAGAGGUCAUAAAUGGUAACUUAUGCACUGUUGGGGAAGCAGAUGACGACAUUGAGGAUGAUUACAUAGAAUUGGAGCCUCGUUCAAAGGAUGCAAAUAAGGCUGAUGAAACUAUUUUGUCCCGGAAAGAUGAAAGCUUGUUUGAACUUGCACAUGCUGGAGGUAAGGAAACACAAUUGAUGGAUGACCGUCCACAAAAUUUCCAAGAAGAGAGCUUGGGAAAGGAAUCAUGGGAAUCAAACUCUGAUGAUGAAGAUGAGUUUGAUAUCCUAUUGGAACACCAGCAACUAGUUAAACAAAUGAAAAUGGAAAGAAAGAAUUCGAUGGCUAGAGGGCUUCCUACUAUUUCAGAAAAUGAAGAUUGCGAGACUCCAAAGGUUUUAGAUUAUCUGAAACCACUAAAAAUUGAUGAAAAGUUCGAGUACAAAGAUCUCAUGGAAGAAAUCCAGAAAUUCUACAAGAGUUAUGCAGAAAAAACGCGAAAAUUGGACAUCUUGAAUUAUCAGACCUUGCAUGCAAUCAGUUUCCUUCAGCACAAGGAUUCUCAACUUUUUAUCCCAAGUAAAAGAUCUUUACUUUCAUCCAUCAAGCCCUUUUCUUUACCGAGCAUUUCGAUGUCAAAACAACGUAGGAUCUAUGCUGAUCCCACCCUUAAAUCCAUCACUGAAAUGCAUAGAGACCUUGAGUUGGUCUAUGUUGGACACAUUUGCCUUUCAUGGGAGAUUUUGCAGUGGCAAUAUGGAAAAGUAAAGGAGUUGCUAGAAUAUGAUUCUCAAGGUAAUCACUCCUAUAAUCAAGUGGCAGGAGAAUACCAACAGUUUCAAGUGCUUGUGCAAAGAUUUUUGGAGGAUGAGCGAUUUAAUGGACCUAGAAUUCAACACUUUGUUAAAAGCAGAUGCGCCUGCCGUGGUCUUCUUCAAGUUCCAAUCAUCAAAGAUGAUUGUUUCAAGGACAAGAAGGAAACUACAGGAGAUGAAAUAGAUGCAAUAUCAAUUUCCAUGUUGGCACAAACCCUGAAGGAAUCGAUGCACAUCUUCUGGGAAUUUCUUCGUGCUGAUAAGGAGGAAGCUGAUGGAAUACUGAAGAGUGUUCAAGGAAGUCUAGCUGAUCCUAGGGCUGCUGUCGAUUCUGAGCUUCUUACGAACGUUAGGACUCGUCUUGAGAAGAAGGAGAGAAAGCUCAAAGACAUACAGAGAAGUGUAAAUUGCAUAGUGAAGAGGUUCCAAAAACAGCAGGCAGGCCAAACAAGUAAUGCAUUGCUGAUCUCUCAGGUAGAACUGAAAUUGGUAUCGAGAGUAUUAAGCUUACCAAGAUUGACAACUGAUCAUCUGAUCUGGUGCCAGAAGAAACUAGAUAACAUCAAUAUUGUUAACAGGAAGAUUUGCGUUGAGCCGGCUUUCCUACUCUUUCCAUGCUAAAAUUCCAGCUUCUUUUCGAAACUAGUACGUAUCUUCACUUUGUAAAGAUUAGAGUCACAGUGUAGGAAUUGCCCUCUUUACUUCAGUUUUGGAAGGGGUAAAGUAAGAGGUGGAGAAUAGAUUGCUGGCGGACUUGUGUAAUCUGCCAGCCUAAACUUGAGGUUAGGACAUUAAUUAUUCUCUAUUCUGGUGAUUACACGAGCUAAUAAGUACGUACAAUGAAUUAUUCCCUUACCAUGUAGAGUGAACCAGAUUUCUCCUCCAAAUAAACACGAAGUUUCAACAA